CCGCAGGUAAAAACGUGACGUAGGUAAUGGGUCACUUCAGAAGAACUGGGAGAGAAGAAAGGAAAGAAACACUCAUGUUUUUCUUUUUCUUGAAUAAACAUUACUAAUAUAACAUCUGGGUUGUCCUAAUUGGAAUAAUGUGUAGAUUUGAUAAAAAGAAAGGCCCUCGUCAGCUGAUGAGAAAAGGCAUCAUAUUAAUAUUUGUGGGGCAUAUAAACUUUAUUCUAGCAGCAAUUGUCCAUGGUAGUGUGCUUCGUCAUGUAUCGAAACCCAGUGACAAGAUCACAACGGAAUACACCACCGCUAACAUCAUUUCUGUGGUGUCAGGAUUGCUGAGUAUAACAACAGGCAUUGUUGCUAUUCUUGUGUCCCGAAAUCUCACAAAUUCAAAAAUGCACGUAUGUCUGGUCGUAUCAUCAUUUCUGAACGCGCUGCUGUCUGCUGCAUGCUGUGUUGGGCUGCUCCUGGCCAUCUCCCUGACCAUAUCCGGUGGAGGGAAGAACCUGAUGUUGGGCUGCAACAUGACUGUGCUCCCUGUGAAUGUGAAGUCCUCUGCCUUCAAUGACUGUCCCUUCGACAGCACACGCAUAUAUGACACAACACUGGCACUAUGGUUUCCCUGCAUGCUGAUGGCUGCAGUGGAGGCAGGCCUCUCUGUAUGGUGCUUUGUAGUGGGUCUGACCCUUCUUGGCAAGAGCCCCUGUAACCAGAGCUACCUCAGAGAGCAGCUAGAGGCAGCAGCUCUGGCUAGCCGAGAAGGAGAAUGCCCAGACUGCAGUCCACUGGCACACCAGCUCAUUGCACAUGGCGAUGGCUAUGCUUAAAGGGGAACGAUGGUUCUUUGUGGAGUAAAAACUGAGGAACAAACAUGAGAAAUCUGAUGUGCUCACAUUCAAUAACGGACUACAGUGGCAACAGCAGUGAUUACUUUAUUUCUAAGUUCUUGUUCCUCAGGAGGAUUGCCUUUUAAAGAUACUUGAAACCAUAAUUUGAUUUAUCUUUUUGAAAUGUGAUUUUUUUUAUUUUUAUUUUGUACACAAAAUUUCUUUUCUCAGCCUUUGUGCCAGCAUGAAGGAAAUGUAUCUGCAACUUUCAAAUUGGGUGCUGCUGGAUCAUCUGGCUUUUUACAUCCUAUAACUCUGCAAGGGAGCAGUACAACUGGAGGGCUAAGGUGUCAAUGGUGGGACUUGAGGCAUACGUAAUUGAUAACACUGCAAGCUUACAGGGACAUGGCCAGACACAGGGGUUAAUGCUGCUUGGUGGGCUGAGCAAAUCCUGGCCAACUACAGAACCAAGUCUUGCUGGUGCCUAACUAAUCAUCACCCAUUAGGAAUUUCCAAUCACGAUCUUAGCUGAACAAGUGAUUUCUAAAAGAAUGCCAAGUAAAAGCCCUUAAGAACUAGAACUAGAGCUUCACAAUUGUUUUAAAUAUUACUUACAAUGAUGAAUCAAACUGGAAAGAAAACAUUUCAAUUUUUGAUUUUGCACAUUCUCCUUCCUCCGAGGAUUCUCCGAGGAGGUUAUAUGAAAAACACUCCAGGAUUUCAAGUGAGUGUCCUGUGUUAGCUCGUUUUAAUAAAUUAUCUCUCUUCUAUCCAACUUUGGAUUAUUUUUUCUUUGCUUUAUGGAAGUAAGAAAUGUUAGUGAAAUAUCUUAGAUAAGCACACAAUCUCUUGCAUUCCUUUUUUUUGUGAUCAUUGUCCAGUCACAGAAUGCUUUGUCAUGGAAGCUUUUUAAAACUACCUGUGUGAUCUCAGAUCUUCGUCACUACAAAGGGUUUGUACCUCAGAAAAAAAGUUAUCUUCCCAUGGUUUUCAUAGUUCACUUUGGUUGUGCCUUAAGAUUAAUCUUUCUUAAUUAAUGUAACAUGAGAUGAUGAGACAAAAUUUUUUUUGUUUCUGAUCAGUAAGUCUGCUAUUGUAACUCUGAGGCAUCUUCAAAAACAUCAAACGGAGCUGAAAGAUCUUGUAAAACUUCUAAAACUACUGCAGAAUGUUGUCAAAUUUCUGUAGGACAUAGAAACUGAAAGUCAAAAUACUUGCCUAAUUUAUAUUUGAGAAGCACGUUUUACAUCAUAUAUUUAAUGCACUGAGACUGUAGUACCAGAUAUGAAGCAUGUUGAGUAAUUCCUGCUCCUUUAAUGCCAGUGUUGCCUUUUGGAAAUGUACAUCUGUUUAGCUUUAGGUUCUAUUUGUUUAUAAAUGGCGUAAUUUCUUUUUUAUUCAGAACUUAUUCAUUUUCAUUGAGGUAGCAGUGAUUGUUUAACACUGAAUUUAGGAAUUUAGUCCAGAAAUUGAGAAAAUAUAACAUUUUGUGUAUUUUUAUCAUUUAUCAAAAUAAGAAGUGGUAUUUCAUGCAGGUAACUUUAAACAUUUCUUAUUUACAUUCACAUUUCUUAUUAUGCAAGUUCUUGAUGAUUAUACUUAAAGAAUAUAUCUUCAAUAUUACUGGAACGCUUUUAAAAAUGUCUAACAAUGCUUCACAGUUUGUUCUGCAUUAUUGACCUAAAUUUAAAUUGAUUUUUUUAAGUUGUUAAUCAUAAUUGAGUUUGUAAUACUGUGUAUUAAAAAAAUAAAAUUCACUAUUGUAUUUUUCCACAGCCUUUUGUCACUGUAGUAGUAUACUGUACAACAUCACAAACUUUUGGAUAAAUAAAUCUUCAGUAAACCCAUGUUUUAAUAAAGAAACAGUUUAGAAUGUUUAGAACCAAUUGUCAUGGUUAUUUUACAACAGUGCAUUAUUUCGUAGCUUUUAAUUUUACUUAACAUGCCAACAGUGUACAAGAAUAUUGGAUAAACACUGUUCAUAGGCCACAGCUGUUGCAUAAUCAGGAAUAUGUGAUUAGUUCUCAUAGAUAACAUUUUUCAACAUUGUUCCUCAACCUCACAAUACUGUGCAGUUGUUAGCAUUGCUCCUAAUUAAUAUCUAGCAUUCCUCACAGUGUUGAAAAUAAGGGUUCAUUUCUUGGCCUGUGUGCUAUCUGUGGGAUUUGUAAGUUCUCCCUGUGUACUCAUGGGUUUUCACAUGGCGCUCCAGUUUUCUUCUACAGUCCAAAGAUGUACUUUGUAUUUUGGCUGAAGACCUGAAAACAUUCAUUGUAAAAAAAUUUGCAGU